AUGGUGAACGAGGUGGAAGAGGUGACGGUGGUGGUGGUCGCGGAAGCACAAGUGACAGAGGUGGUGGUGGUGGUCGUAGAGGGAGCACAAGUGCUAGAGGUGCUAGUGUUCGUAGAGGGAGUACAAGUGCUAGAGGUGGUGGUCGAGCAAGCACAAGUGCUAGAGGUGGUGGUCAAGCAAGCACAAGUGCUAGAGGUGGUGGUCGAGCAAACACAAGUGCUAGAGGUGGUGGUGGUCGGAGAGGAAGCACAAGUGCUAGAGGUGGUGGUGGUCGUAGAGGAAUGGCAUGGCUUCAUCCAGUUCCAGGACGAGGCUGGGGCGUGCGCGGACCAAGAGGACAUGCCGAAGACGUGGAUGGAGGCCAGGUUGGACAAGGAGAAGGAGAAGGAUGUGCCCACACCACCAUGUUGGUGUGGUGAUGUUUGCAAGCUGAAGGUGUCCACUGACCGCAAGAAGUCAUGGACAGAAGGUAGAAGAGCACGCAUCUCUGAUUCUGGUAUUGCUAAACUAUUAGAUGUGGAUGGGUCAAACUGCACAAGGCUUGCCUGGACAAAAGGAUAUCUUGCACCAGAGCUUGCAUACACAACAAGGGUGACGGAGAAGUGUGACGUCUAUAGUUUUGGAGUGCUUGUGCUCGAGUUGUUGAUGGGACAUCAUCCGGGUGAUUUUCUUUCGUCCCUCUCGUCCAUGGACAAGAAAAGUACAAUAGCAAAGGAUUUUCUGGACACCUGGCUCCCAUUGCCUAAAGCUGGGAUUGCAAAUGAAAUAUUCAAAGUGAUUGCCAUCGCUGUUCGGUGCAUAGAACCUGACCCAUUACACCGUCCAACGAUGCAGGAUGCAAUCAAGGUGUUCUCUGCAGAUGAAGGGCCCAGUAAUCUUGAUUGCCUGGACACUGAAAUCGUCAUCCCUGCUUGUGGUUUUGAAUGUUCUUAG